GCGCUUCGUUUUAACUCCAGAACAGUCGCAUAUUAAAGAUGUGAUUGUUCAAAAAUAGCUCAAAAUCUGGUUCCGAAAUUUUCCAGAAAAUUCUCGUUUAUCUCUUUUAUUUUCCAUUACGUUAAUUAAUGUUUGUUUGAAAAGGAAGUUCCAUCAUUUGCUUGUUUUUUGCACUCCUCUUAAUUAAGAAAUCAUUGAAACAAUACAAAUUUAGAAACCAGGAAUUACAAUGGUCUUUAAAGGCAACCAUUUAAUGCAGUGGAUUUUCAGGGUUUGUGCAGCCAUGGGAGACUUCAAACAUGGUUUCAUCUAAAGGUAGGCCAGAAUGCCUGAAACUGGUUCUGGGUUUAGAAAAUUCAAGGGACAACAGACACUCGUCGUUGUUUUGCUUUUAGGAACAAAAACAUCCUUUUUCUGGAAAACGUAAAGUUUUUUAAGAUGGUUUAUGAUAUUUUCGCAGGAGAUUGGUAUCCCGGUUGAUCAGGUUUGGGGGGCAACCUGAGGCACGUUUUGCGACACCCUAAGUCCUUUAAUGCUUUCUAUUGGUUUCUUUGUCUUUUGUUGGUUUCUUUCGAAAAUUCGAAAUUAUUUCAUUAAAUUUCUAUUUUCAUAAAAACAUAAUUUUAAUUGUUGUUUGUUUGUUUUGCAGCACGUGUUUGUGGGUUCACCUGUUUCUGUUUGGCAUUUUUUUAAUCAGGUGUUUCUGUUUGGCAUUUUUUUAAUCACUUGUCACCGUUUGACAUUAAAAACAAAUACCAUAAAAGAAAUCACAUUUUCCCUUGAUCUAUUUUUUUAGAUUCUUCUAAAUGCUUAAAAUGCAUAUAUUGCAAGAAUAAAAUAAAUACCUUUUGGUGCGAAAAUUGCAGAAACCCAUGAACAGGUGUAUUAAUAAUUUUGUUUAUUAUAUUAAAUUGCAAUCAGGCAUUUCUGGCUGAUGCACAAUGAAUUUCUUAAAUUUUGCAAAUAAUUCGCUGCCAGUUACUUAAAAACUGGUUAAAAUACUUUCGAUAGUUGCAAGAGACAUUUUCUUGUCCCACAGACAAUAAAAUAGCAGGUACAACGAAGGUAACAAAGAAACCUCUUUGCUUCUAGAAUCCAUUGGUGUUUCAGAAACCAUUUUUCAAAAUCUAAAUCACUCCGCCCAGUUUUUACCGUUUGCCAAAACAGUUUUAUUUUAAACGACUGUUGGUUGCUGUUGACGUUAAACCUAAAAUGUUUACGUCACGAUAAAUAUUAAAAUAUCGAGCAAAAUCCAUUUGGAUUAUGCAAGCGAAAGGACUGAAGAUUUAAAACUGAGUUUUGCCUUGUUUAUGGUUUCUUUCCAUCCACAUAAUUAAUUAAAACUAUUCAAUUUCAGGGCGGAUAAAUACACAAUGUCGUGUGAAAGCAGCUGGUAAGGUAUGUAUAAAAUGUUUACAAAAUUUAAAAUCGAUCUCUCUGAAAUGCAGAAGAAGCUUGUAAAACCUGUUUAUAAGUUAAGUUGCUGUUUGUUCAAUUUCGUAACUUCGGCAUCCCUUGUUCCCUCCCAAAAUUUUGUUGCCAAUUCUUCGCAAGGGCUGUUUCAAAAUAAUUCAGAAAUAAAGUUGACAAAUAUUCCUGAACUUUUAAGUCUUGUAAAUUGUUGUUUGAUUUUAAUGUUUUUGUUGUUUAAUUUUAAUGGUAUUUGCCUAAAAAAAUAGCAAAAUCUACAAUUUUAAAAAAAGCGCCAAAAAAGAUUAUUGUAAAAAUAAAAUAAAAUCGUUUUGCAUCACGUGUUUCGCGCUUUGCUCCAGUCUCCCUUGCAGUUCCUUUCUGUAAGCGUGUUUAAAUCACGUGACAAGCGCAUAAGCCAAUCAAAUCGAUUGCUCGCAUUGCGACAGCACGCCUCGCGUUUAAAAGACAUUUUUGGACAGUUUCGCUUCAGUUCAAUUUUUUUUGUUCAGUUCGGUAUUUGAGUCAACGUUUAGCGCAAAAUGGACAUGACAACCUUGAAAAACGCUGUAAAUAACAUUGCAGUCAACCCAGGCAAUGAUCCACAUUCUGUCCACAAGGCAAAUCCUGGAGAAACCGAUAUUCCUAAUCGUGUUUUUGUGAAAGGAUUUCCACGUGAAGCAAGUGAAGACGAUUUGAAGAUUUUUUUUGAGGAGUAUGGGAUGGUGCAUGAAAGCAAAAUUGUCAAAGACAAAAGUGGAACUUCAAAGGGCUAUGCAUUCAUCACAUUUGACAGCCAAACUGUUGCAGAGAAGGUGAAACUUCUCGGCAACGUUGAAUACGAAGGCAAAGAGAUUGUAGUCGGGCCGGCAAGAGUCCGCCAGAAGCGUUCCUCCCUCUUCAAAGGCCGCCCUGAGCAACUAUGGCAGUCAGUUGUGCCUGGCGUGCAGCAGCCGGUUUAUUACUCCGUUUCUCAAGAUGGUUCUUGGUACUUCCAGCCUCCGACACCUCAGAUCGUGUCUGUCGUCCCAACCAACCAAAUGUCGUCCUACACGCAAGCAAAUUAUUUGCCAUCAAACCAAUACCAACUGCAAGCCUAUCCUCAAGGCCAGGUUCAGUACACAACGAGCCCCGUCACUGCUCCAGUUGUUUCUACAAACUACCCGGUUGGCAACGUUGGUGAUUUAUUCAAAGUUGCCAGAAAAACGUCGGGAACUGUUCUGCCUUUGACGCCCCCUGAAAGCCCAGAAUACACGAUCUCAAAUGGAAGCAACUGCUCGCCAGUUCAGUGUGUUCCUGUUUAUGAGGGAAGCUUAAUUGGAGAAGAACCAUAUGUGAACCACGCUGGACAGGCAGAGAACAUUGUGAUGUUAGAACCAGCUGAUCGCAAAUUGAAGAGAGUAAUAAUGAAACGUGAUGGCACUGGACGAAUAAUCCAGGCGAAUCCAUGCACUGUUUGCAAUGGGCCUACAAUUCCAAAUGUAAGUGUAAACACAAUUACAAACACUACGAUGACCCAUGAGGCCUAAGCAUGCUGCUGUGUAUUUGUAAGCAGAGGUAUGUAUCAGAAAUAUCAAUAAACAGAUUUAAAAUGUUUAUCUAAAUUCUUCAUUUGCUCUCGACAAACCAAAUAUAAAUUGCGUUUUAAACUGGUAUACCUAAUAAUAUUUAUUAACUAUAUAAGUCUCGAUUGGCGCCCUGAUCUAAAACGUUUCAAUUAAGUAUACAAGGUCGAUUUUAAAAUAACUUGCGAAACAACGAAUUGAUGAUGAAAAAUUAUAAAUAGCUUUGAUAUAAAUUUUCUGAUCCGAACUUAAUGGAAUUGAAAGUUAAAAUAAGCGAAUUUUGAUUUGGUAACAAUCCAUGAACAUCAAUAAAACUGUGUAUUCCAAAAGCAAAACAUCGCUAUCAAACAGAAAAAAUAUUUGUUUUAUAUUCUGUCAAUAGAAAUCGGUAAGAGAGAAAACUCAAUUUUACUCAUCAAUAAAUGCUACUUAAUUUUCCCUAAAACCUUGGGCUAAUAUGAGGCGCCAAUUUACAGAGAAAUUUUCUGUCUCGAAACAGGGAAAAGAUUUUGUUUAGAAAAUAAUAUCCUGUGUCGUAAUUACUGUUGUUCUUAGAUAUAAUAUACUAAAAUCGUAGGGACCCAGCUUACGGUUUUACGACCAGCUAUCAUAAACUAGGGUUUGUUAACACAAAGGAAUUGCCUUUAAGACAUACAGGGUGUUUAGUUGUAAUUUUACCAAAGAAACUACUCAUCGUUAAAGAAGCUUUAGUUUCUGAAUUUUUUUUCUUAGCGAUAAAUCGUUUAUUAAAUUUCCCUAAUAAUGUGUGCUGCUCUGAAAAUUUUGGUAGCUGGUCAUACCGUAAGUUUCUGGAGUGCCUUCAUUCUGUUCUGUUUGAAUUCUUUGUAUACUUUGCAAUGCAGCACACUUUUGUAGCACGUGCGCUUUGUUUCUGUUCAUAUCUGACAGAUAUUCGUUUUUACCCGACGUUAGAGAUUAAAGUUUUAAGUAAGGAGGAGAAUCAGAAGGAGAGGCACAAGCCCUUCUUAGGCCACGGCCUUGUUCGGUUCUAAAAUGCUUCAAUUCAUGUAAAUAUUCCUGGCAAUAGAAUUAUUUUAUCCCUCAUUUUGCAGAAAAACUCUAAAAUGGUUUUCUUAACUUAAAGAUCGAAUCAUACAUUCUUCCUUCUUUUCUUUUCGGUCUUUGAAAAUAUUCAAGGAUAUUUUAAUACCCAGAGCAAGUUUAGCUAGUUGCUACAAAAGUGUGCUUCGCAGAUGAUAUUUUAAGAAUUGUCCACUAACGAGGGUAAUGAUUAAUCUUUUUCUAUUAAUUUCAAAUUAUCAACUUUCAAAGUGAUAUCAGAAAUAUCAAUACCGUGUCUCGAAAGUAUUUACUACUGUAAACAUCAAUGAAUAUCUAUCUUUUUUAUUAAUCUAUCAAUAUAAACAUUAUUUAUUUAAUCAAAUUUCUCUAGCAAGCGUACCCAACUAUUGUCAAUAUUGCUGCUUCAAACUCACCACAUUUUACUUCCACAAAAAACUCAAUUUUCCCGUAGAAGGGUGAAUGCAAUCAAAGCUAUAGAAUUAAAGCCUCAGCUAAUUCCUCAGCCAAAUCAUUUAGAUUAACAGAAAGAAUCGCCCUCCAAUCUUUGUAGCAUUGCAACGGGUAAGCUUGCAUAGAGAACUUUAUCGUCACCAAAGCGUUCAAGCUUAAAAUAUUCUUCGUAUGAAGUCCUUUGUAUAUACACGUGGAUCUUUCCUUGAUCCUUCCCCCCAUGAACUAUAAUGGCAGGCGAAUGUCUCAAGUCGUAUUCUUUGAGCAUCAAAUGUGCGUAGGAAAACUUAUUUUAUGUUGCUAUGAAACAUCAAAUUGCUUCUUAUUUGCCUGUCAUUGUUGUCCUUGCUCGGCCUUGGCUUGAUAAACAAGAAGCAUUGAAAAUACGUCUUCCGUCGAGGAAUGUGAUUCAGGCAUCUGAAUGUCACUUCAAUAACCUGCAACUGAAAAUACAGACAUUUCCCCGUUGUAAGUCCUGCAUAUUAUAUAUUCCCUUACUUAUCUCAAGCGAAAUAAAUUGGUCCUUGUCAGCUUUCCAAAAGGGUUCCCUUGCUUCUUGUUCGUCCUAAAUUUUGAGCAGAAAGCCUGGUUGCUUGCUCGAUUUCUUUAAGUGCGUUUAAACGUUCAUAGUUAUUUAAGUUGAGUUUUAUUAAUAAAAUUAUUCUAUUUUCAUUCAUGAUCGUUCAUUUUCUUUUCAUUUACAUAUAUUUUCGCGUGGAUUAUGUAAGCGAUUGUUCCUUUCAAUCCCGUUUAAUUGUUAUCAAUGUCGUCACUGUCGUUAAGCAUUAAAACGAAUUUGGGAUGAUAUCUAGUCUAACAUCGCCUGUAUUUACUGUAAGUCUUAAACGAAUUUAAGUUGUCAUGACAUGAAAAUGUGUUGCAGAACAGAGGAAAAAGCAAUUCCAUUUUCCGGUCCAAAGAAAAUUGAGAUAAGAUUUCUAUGUUCUCAGUUGACAGGCCAUCUUCAUACCUCAUGUAUAAAUACCCUAUUGAUGCACCAAAACGAGCAUCCUCCUAAAUUUCAAAUUUCUUUAGAUAAGUCGAUUUGUGUUUUAGUCAACUCAAGCUACAUACAUGCAUAUGAAUAUUAAGAUUGCAAAGGGCAUGUUAGAAAGGUAUUCAUCCCAGCCAAAAAUUCCAAAAAAAUUGCGUCUGUUAGUAAUUCUUGUACCGUUUUAGUUUUGAAAUCAAGUUUUUUUGGUUGUCUUUAAGCACUGUCUAUUAGUCUGUGAACCAGCAAGAAUUAGCUUCCUGUUAACUGUUAGACUGUUAACUGUUAUAUAAAAUUAAUUGUUAGAACAGUUGGCUUUCUUAAUACAAUUUUAUCAAACAUCGGAAAAGUUUACUUGACAAAUUUUAAGGCCAUUACCUUCUGGCUAAUAGACAAGUGCACUUUAGAUAACCAAACAGAUUUUUGGUUUUUUGUUAUACAAUUCAUCGUUGUCUGUUUCUAAUCAAAUUGUUACACAUUUUAUGCAUCGUUACUAUUUGUUACACAUUUUUAUACAACGUUACACAAUGUUACACACAUUUUGUCUUUAAGUUUUUAGUUUAAUCUUAAAAGAAUUUCUGUUGCGAAGCGUUACAUCGGUUCGACAUUUUAUUAUUAGAUAAUCCUAGUUAAGUAGUUUUAAUUUUUAAAAGUUUUUAGU